CACGGACAAUUAUAUCCGCGUCCGGGUCGGCUCCCGCAAACGAGGACGGCGCACCGCCCCACCGGCCGCGGGCGCACUCGGAAACAGCAACCAUGGCCGCUCAGCUCAUCCAUCUCCGUUUCCCUCCGCGUCCGCUCCAUAGUUUGUCGGUUCCUCUGCGAUGCGUAGGACGCGAUUACAAGGUCUACACGAGGCUUGCGGCCCGGCGCUUAACUGCAAAAUGGUUCCCCAAGCUGCGGUACGCUUUGGAAGAAGAGUGUGUUUCCUGCGAUGUGGAAAAUUCGCGGGGGUCGAAUAUGCUUGAUGGUACAACUAACUCUUCGAAUGGCAUGGAUGAUUUUGAGGGACAACUUAAAAAUUUAUUUCUUGAAGUUAGAACGAAGCUUGAGAUGGGGAAUAAAGAUGAUGCUGUGUAUCUACUUCAAGCAAAUUUUGAAGCAGUAAAAGAGCAGAUAAAUGCUGGUUUUAAAGGUAUAGAACAAGCUGCUAUUCUUGACACCCUAGCUUUGGGAUACAUGGGCAUGGGCGACUUUAGAACUGUUGAGCAUCUGCUAAAUAUGCUGAAAGAUAUAGUUGGUGAUCUGCAUGAUGACAUACCAUUGAUGGAUUCAAUAUUGAUGCACAUGGGAAGUAUGUAUAACACUAUGGGGAAGUUUGAGGAAGCAAUUUGUUUAUAUGCAAGAGGUCUCAAAAUCAUAGAGCAAGAGUUUGGAACCUACAGUCCUUUUCUCAUAACACCUCUUAUGGGAAUGGCAAAAGCCUUGGGAUUUACUGGAAGAGUCUCUGAAGCUGUAACACUUUAUCAUCGGGCUAUUGAUAUCUUGGAGAAUGCAAGAGGCACUGAAAAUGAAGAUCUUGUGAUUCCUUUAUCUGCUCUUGGUAAUAUUUUUAUCAGUGAAGGGAAGGCAACAAAUGCUGAAGAUUGUUUUAAGAGAAUUUUAGAUAUAUACAGAAAAAUAUAUGGAGAAGAUAAUGGAAAGGUGGGAAUGGCUAUGUGCUCCUUGUCACAUGCUGUGUGUGCAAAGGGAAAUAUUAAUGAAGCAAUUUCUAUGUAUAAAAGUGGUCUCCAAGUAAUUAAAGAUGCAAAGUAUAUGGCUGUAAAUGAUGACUUACUUGAGAAAAUGAGGACUGAUUUGGCAGAACUACUUCAUGUUGCAGGAAGGGAGCAGGAGGGCAGAGAAUUACUUGAGGAAUGUUUGCUUAUAUCUGAAAAGCACAAAGGGUUAGAACAUCCUAGUUCAGUGACUCACCUUCUAAACAUUGCCAUGUCACAUUCUCGUUCCAAAAAUUUUGCUGAGGCAGAACGCUUGCUAAGGACAUGUUGGCACAUUAUGUUGAGAACAGUAGGCCCAAAGGAUCAGUCAAUUACAGUCCCUAUGUUACACCUUGCAGUCACAUUAUACAAUUUGGAUAGAGAUGAAGAAGCUGAGCGACUCGCUCUAGAAGUAGUGCGCAUCCGUGAGGAUGCAUUUGGAAAGGAAUCUCUUCCAGUAGGUGAAGCCCUUGAUUGCCUAGUGUCCAUUCAGAUGAGACUAGGAAAGGAUGAUAACGACGUGUUGGCAACACUGAAAAGAGUGUUGAACAUUCAAGAGAAAGAGAUGGGUUUUGAGAGUGAAGAGGCUUUGACAACCUUAAAAAAGGUUGUCUUUUAUUUGGAUAAAAUGGGAAAGAGGGAUGAGAAAUUGCCUCUUCAGAGAAGAUUGUCCUUGCUCAGAAGAAAAUACAAGCAGAAAGUUUCGGUUUAAGAGCUUUGUGGCUGGGCAGUGGCUCAAGUUAUUUCGUGUGCAAAAGCUAUCUACACCUCAUUAUUGAUCAGCUGAAAUCUUUCUUAGCUCAGUCUCUGCAGAACCAGAAAACCGAUACUACAGUGGUGCCUACCAACUUGGUACCAGUGAAGGAAUAGGACACAAGUCGACUAGUCUCCGUCAAGCAUGUAAAUGAUGUCUUUGGCUUAUUUUACCUGAAGUCAGUAAGUUUAAGUCUUUGGUGGAGCAAAUACUGACCUGUUAUGGUAAGUGCAACAGAAGGUUUUGAUGCAUGUAAGUUGCGAUCUACCCAAAGUUGUAAAUAUUUUAUCUUUGAGCAACAGUUUGCCUUGUCCUAUUCACAAGUGAGGUUUCCAUUUAGAUGGAUGAUCUAUAACAUGCUUUCGAUGAGAUGUUUAGUUAUUAGCAAAGUUUUUUCUCCAAAGAGGAUUUUUGUUUA